AUGGAAGCGCUAACGGCAGCGAACACUAGCUUUGCUGUUGAUUUUUUCAAACACUUGUGCAAGGCUCAAACUGACACAAAUGUACUGUUUUCACCAUGGAGUAUUUCAUCAAUUAUGGCCACUCUAUACCUUGGGGCUAAAGGCCACACUGCGCAGCAGAUAGCAAAGGUGUUUCAUUUUAAUAAAACUGUGGGAACUGAGACCGCCUAUCCUCUGAGGCACCCACGGGUAUAUUCCAAGAUGGAAGAGCUUUUGAAAAACCCAUGCAUCUCACUUACAAAGCCUUCCCCUGAAAUACAUAGUAACAUCCAUUCAAGAUUCCAAGCCUUAAAUCAAGAAAUCAACAAACCCACAAAAAAUGCUUUGCUAAGUAGUGUCAAUCAAUUAUAUGGGGAUAAAUCGGUGUCUUUUCAAAGAGACUUCUCAGAAUCAAUGAAGAAAUAUUAUAAAGUUGAGCCACAAAGAGUAAACUUUCAAGAAACUACAGACAACGCAAGAAAGGAGAUCAACGCGUGGAUUGAACAGCAGACAGCAGGUAAAAUCCUCAACCUGUUGAAUGAGGGCUCCAUAAAUCCCCUCACCCGGCUGAUCCUGGUGAAUGUACUAUACUUCAAAGGCAACUGGUUAAACACUUUUAAGAAAGAGGACACCACAGAACAACCUUUCAGGCUGAACAAGAGCACAAGUAGGCCAAUACAGAUGAUGUUCCAGCAUGACAAAUUUAACUGGAAGUAUAUAGAUGAAUUACAGACCCAGAUCCUUGAACUCCAGUAUAUCGGGAAUGAUUUCAGCAUGUUUAUACUGCUUCCUGAUGACAUCAAUGAUGACAGCACUGGCUUGGAAAUGUUGGAAAACAAAUUAACUUAUGAGGCCGUCUCCAAGUGGACGAGUCCCAACGGAAUGGAAGAAGUUGAAGCAAAUGUUCAUCUGCCUAAGACGCAAUUAAAUAUCCACUAUGAACUGAAAUCAUUGCUGACCAACAUGGGAAUAACAGAUGCCUUCAACGCAGAAACGGCUGAUUUCACUGGGAUGUCUGCGGAAAGCCACCUGGGUGUAUCCCAGAUUUUUCAUAAGUGCUUUGUUGACAUCAAUGAAGAAGGAACAGAAGCAGCUGCUUCAGCUGCUGGUACCAUAGAUGGCCGAAGUGACCAAGGGGCAAUUUUAUUUGCAGCUGAUCACCCGUUCCUGUUUUUCAUCAGGCACAACAAAACUAAAAACAUCCUCUUUUGGGGAAGAUUCUGCUCCCCUUGAAAAAUUUCAACCCAAUGUUAGCAAAUAGAAAGGAAGUUACAGCAUAGGGUUUUUUUAUUGAUAUUUCAGAAAAAAGUCAAGUCAUGUUUAUUGCUCCAGGAAACAGGAAACCGCAAGCAACAGUUGGUUUUUAUUUUGUCAUUUUGAAAAAAAGUUUUUUAAUGUAAACAAAAGAUCUAAUUUGAUGCCAUUAUUUCCUCUAAUGGACUUUUUUUUUGUAGAGAUGUAUGGAAAUAUGAUGAGAAAAAUAA